GUGGCCGGGUGUACGCGGGAUGAACGUGAGGACGUGAGGGCGAAGGGUGAGGCUGGCUGUUCCGUUGUGUAAAGGCCCGGCCGGGCCCGGCCCGGCCCCUGCUUUACCUUUGUGUGGACACCAAGCCGUCAGCCUUUCUGCGGUUUCAACACACACUGGACUUACUUCGAGUGAUGGUCAGUGUUGUGGAAGCGGCUGGAUCGUGCUUGUUCUCAAGUAUCCCUUGUGAGGGGAGGAGUUGCAAUUUGGGAUACAGGCGUAAUUCGAGCUUUCCUUCAUUCCGUGUUUCUCCUCCUCCUUCAUUUUUUUCUUUGGUCGGAGCUGCUGAUACAAUGGAAUUGUGGUGGAGGUGAAGGGUGUGGGGGUUAGGAGAGGUGGUGGAGUUGGAAUGGUGCCGAGGAUGAUAAGAAAGGGGUGGUGGCUUUGUGUCCGUGAAUUCGGAGGUGAGAGGGGAACCAUGUAAGGGCAUGGCAGAUUCGGGAGGGUUUUGGAGGGGAGGGGGGCGGCAGAGAGGAGGAGGAGCAGUCGGAGGAGGAGGGCUAACAUUAAGUGGCGGGUUGGACCAGGAUGGAUUGGGCUGUAGUAAUGGAGGGAUGUGGAAUUGAGUGUGGAGGUGGUGUAAUCAGGCUUAGCGGCCAUGAGCAGCUUACAUUCUCGAGGGUGGGUUCCGGGAGGUUGGCGUCCGCUGCUGAUGGUAUGUCGUAUACCAUUUGCAACUCGGGAAACAGUGUCAGGAUCAGCUGAGCUAGCGCAAUGAAGGAGUUACCAGGCAGAAAAUCUGGAGGCGUAACGGAGGUCUCUUCUGCUCAGGGUCGCUCGCCAGCGAAAGCAGCUCGGGCCUCCAACGACGUAGAUUCCGGGGGAAGCGAUAGAUUUUGUGGGGAGGAGAUUACGGUAAGGCAGUGGCUCAGCAGGCCCAACCGAGAAGUAGACAGGGUGCAAAGUCUUCACGUAUUCAAGCAGGUGCUAGAUUUCGUAGACCUAGCCCACGGUCAAGGUGUUAUGUUGCGGAACAUUCGCCCGUCCUGCUUCCUGUUGUUUCCUUCAAACAGGGUUGCAUUCAUUGAUUCUGCCAGUACUCGAAGCAGCUCAGAACAAUACUGUGAGAAUUCUCCCGGUAAGGGGUCCCCCUCCCCUGAAAGGAGACAGGGUGAUGUUGGGGUGGAGAGAAAUCAGGCGGAGCUCUUGGUUCGCCCUCCAGCUGGAACAGUCACAUCAAGGCCCACAUCAAGCAGCCGUGAAUCGGAGCCCCAAAGACAAGAUAGGGCCGUGUCUGGUCCCUGGUUGCCAGACUGGAGAGAAAGUACAGGAUCUGAAGGUGAGAGGAGAGCAGUAUCCAGAGAUGGAGUGCAAUCCUAUGAAAUUACUUCCUCUUCUGGUAAGCAAGUGGAUAUGAACAAUAGUGACGGGCUACUUCGAAAUGGAGAAUAUUGUUUUCCUCAGAGGCAGUUGUUGCUUAUGGAGCAGGCAUGGUACACUAGCUCGGAGGAGCAUGCAACUGGCACGAUCACAUUUGCCUCUGACAUUUACAGCUUAGGGGUAUUUAUGUUCGAGUUAUUUUGCUCAUUUGGGUCAGAAGUAGAGCGUAUGAGAGUCAUGGCUGAUCUGCGGAAUCGUAUACUUCCACCACGCCUGUUGUCAGAGUGUCCAAAGGAAGCGUCUCUCUGCCUCUGGUUGCUGCACCCUGAUCCAUCUUGCAGGCCAAAAGCGAGGGAUAUUUUUAAUUGUGAGAUCUUGAUGGAAGCUGGGGACGCAAUAGCUGAGAGACAAGCCGCAGUGCUAUUGGAAGAGAAAGAAGCUGAGUCAGAAGUGUUGUUUGAGUUUUUGUUACGAAUGCAAAAUCAGAAGCAAGAAAAUGCCCGAAAGCUGGCGCAUGAUGUGUCACGGUUGAGCGCAGACAUUCAAGAAGUUGAAAGAAGACGGCUGGCGUUGAAGAAAAAGCGCGGUCCGAUAACAAAGGUGGAGAAUAGUGGGCAGAGGCGGGUCACAGGUGCUAACAUGCAAGAACGGAAGGGGCUUCAGGGAAAGAGACAGCACCCAGAAGACGGGGUUGGGUUUAGGGAAAAAGGGAUUGCUUGUAUAGAUGGGCGAGGUAAAAUAUUAUCGAAAAGUGCUAGAUUUAUGAGUAACUUCAAUCAUCUAGAAAAAGUUUACUUCUCUAUGAACUGGAGAGCUUGUGCACCUGGUAUGGGUAUGUCUAAAUCGAGUUCAAGGCAAGGAGCAGAAGGUCUGAGUAUUGGUUGUGCCGCGAGUGACGAAUUGAAAGCAACCUCAAGAUCAGGAGAGGAAAAUGAAGAGGAUUGGUUGGGCUGUUUCUUUGAUAGCUUAUGCAAGUAUGCGCGCUACAGCCGGUUUGAAGUGAAGGCUACGUUGCGUCAUGGCGAUUUAUUGAACACAGCGAACAUGGUUUGUUCAUUAAGUUUUGAUCGGGACGAAGAAUAUUUCGCAACUGCUGGGGUGUGUAAACGUAUCAAAGUUUUUGAAUGUGACACAAUACUCAACGAGCAUGUAGAUAUUCACUAUCCCGUGGUUGAAAUACCGUGCCGAUCCAAGUUGAGCAGUGUAUGCUGGAAUGGUUACAUAAAGAGCCACCUAGCCUCCUGUGACUAUGAGGGUGUUGUUCAGUUGUGGGAUGCCAGUAACAAUCGAGUUCUGAAGGAGUACGAGGAACAUGAGAAAAGAGCUUGGUCUGUCGAUUUUUCAAAGGCCUACCCAACAAAAUUAGCUAGCGGCAGUGAUGAUGGGACUGUGAAGCUGUGGAGUAUCAAUCAGGAGAGAAGUAUAGGUACGAUCAAGACCAAGGCCAACGUAUGCUGUAUUCAGUUUCCACCUGACUCAGGGCACCUUCUGACGUUCGGAUCAGCUGACUACAAGGUUUAUGUUUAUGAUUUACGUACUACUAAGCUGCCGUUGUGUAUUUUAGCGAGUCAUCAGAAGGCUGUGAGCUAUGUGAAGUUUGUGGAUUCGGUUACUCUUGUCUCCGCAUCUACAGACAACACGCUUAAGCUAUGGGAUUUGACAAGAGCUAACACAGCCCCACAUGCCCAGACCGGCUGUUCGCUUACAUAUACUGGACAUACUAAUGAGAAGAAUUUCAUUGGCCUCUCCAUUGCGGAUGGUUAUAUCGCUUGUGGAUCGGAAACGAAUGCAGUGUUCGCUUAUCACAAAUCCCUACCUAUGGAAAUGGCAUCCCACAAAUUUGGGUGCACAGAUCCUAUCACAGGCCGGGAAGUUGAAGAAGAUGGUGGACAAUUCGUUUCGAGUGUGUGUUGGAGAGGGAAGUCGCAAACUCUAGUGGCUGCUAACUCCAUGGGUAAUAUCAAGAUUUUGGAAAUGGUGUGAGGUUUUUUUUCAUGUUUUGACUUUUGCUCCUUGUCUAAUUCCAGUAGGGUUAGCCCUUCUGGAUGAACCGUUCCAUGCACUCAGGUGUAGGUGGUUAAAAUUUCUCGUCAGUAAAGCACCUUGUUUUAACUGCCAGAUGCCGCUAGAGAGACUGGUAGGAUGACGUAAUAUAUUAAAAAAGAACAGAUUGAUAAAGGGAGAAAGUGCUCUAAAUUUAUAACUUUCUCUGAAAAAAUUUGGUUCACCUCCAGAGUAUGCUACUAGAUGGAGUGAAGAGGGUCUAUACUAAGUACGUUUAAUCAAGUCGCAACCUUAACUAUUUGGCUUUUCCACGGUCUGUGAUGUUGAUUUAGGGCAGUACAUUGUAGAUACUUCACGUUGCUUCAUAAGAUUCAACUCCAUACAGUUCUAGCAUCCAGGCGGAUGACCAACAAAAUAUUCAAAUUUUUUUUUGGAUUCUAUUAUAGAUUGAAUGGCUCACCCAUUUCCCGCUUGAUAGCUGAUGUAGUCACUGAACUUUAUUGUAAUAUAAACUUCUUAAAGUGUUUGUAGCAUAGUUUUCAGUAA